AUGGGAUUGUUUGCUAAAUGGAAUGCUUUGCCUGUGAAGGCUAGAUACUACAUCGGUGGCUCCACCUUUUUGUUUGCGCUUAUUGGCGACUACGUCACCAGCAGGGUCAAUGACGAAGUGGUGGCCAGAAAGGAGGUCAUGGCCAAGUUGAACGAAAACGAGCAUGACAAUACCCAAAAUUAG